AUGUCUAUAUAUGGAGAUGAGAUGAUGAGGCGUUUGCGACUUUUGCUGUGGAAGCUUCCAGCAGGACCUGAACCCCCAAUAGAGUGCGGCAACGCCAUCGCCGACGUCCUCACCGGCGCCGUGAACCCCGAGGGCAGGCUCCCCGUCAGCUUCCCGGCGCGCCUCGAGGACGCACCCGCGCACGGAAACUUCCCCGGCACGCGCGGCGGCGACGACGGCGUGCUCCGCGUCGAGUAUGCUGAGGGCGUGUUCGUCGGGGACAGGCACAACGACCGCGUCGAUGCCGAGGUCCUGAGCUUCCCCUUCGCCCACGGCCUCUCGUACACAACAUUCGAAUAUGCCGACUUCCGGGUCGUCCGGAGGGGCGAUGCCACCGCCGCGGACGAAUUCGAGAUCUUCGUCAACGUUUCCAACACGGGCAAGGUCGUCGGCAGGACCGCCGUGCAGAUCUACGCCGGAAAGGCGGAGCGGACGGGGGACGCGCCUAUUAAGGCCUUAGUGGCGUUCGACAAGGUGCGGCUGCACCCUGGGGAGAGGCAGACUGUAAGGCUGAGGGCCCUGGGCAAGGAUCUCGCCUCGUUUGGCGACGACGCAGGACGGCUAUGGGUCGUGGAGGCGGGAGAGUAUACGUUCUACCUUGACGAGUCUACGGCCACGACUAUACAAACCGUUCUCGUAUCUCUGGAAAGGACCACAUAUCAGCGGUGA